GAUGCUGCGUGUGUCUGUAGAAGAAAAAGGGCAAGUCUGGAGCUCAGAUGUGCAAACAGCUUUAAGGGACUAAGCAACCUCUUUUUGGCUGAUGCAUCAAGCAAAAAUCUGAAACUACAAACCAGUUGCAGGAACCCUCAACCCUACAAUGCCAUCUAUCCAGCUGCCACUGCUGCUCCUCUGCCUGACCUUAUGUGGUGUGUGCCUCAAGGAGAGGCCACCCUUUCCAGAGGGAAGGGAGACCAUGGGAAGAAGUCCCCUGGAUGACAUCCUGCAGAGAUCUGACAGCCUCAUUCUCCAGUCUGUCUUCAAGAAAGCUGAAAAGGAAGGAGAGAUUAAUAAAGAAUCAAAUGCGCCUCUGCCAGAAUGGCUUUCCAAAAGACAACACCUUGGGAAAAAGUACUUGAGUGAGCUGGAGAAGAGACAGCAUCCUGGGAAAAGAGAUGUUGAGGAAGACACAUCUUACGGAGACAUCCAGAAGAGGCAGCAUCCGGGGAAAAGAGAGGCAGAAGAUGACCUUGACAGCUCUCUGGAGCUGAAAAAGCGACAGCAUCCUGGCAGAAGGUCACUGUUGGCACAGGAUGCUGACAACCCUAGUUCACAGCUGGCCUACUUGAAUGAGUUAUCCAAAAGACAGCAUCCAGGCAGAAGGUACCUGAUCUACAAGAACCAGCGUCCUAGCAAGAGAGGCUGGAAUGCUGAGGUAGACUUAAAUGAUCGACAUGGUGAGAAACGCCAGCACCCUGGAAAAAAGCACUGGAAUUUUGACAGCCCAGAUGAUGCAGGCCCCUGCAACUUUCAGGAGUCCUUCACCUGUAACAAAGGCAGCUUUUUGCUUGAUCUAGUAGAAAAUGCUGGUAAAGAAAAACGUCAGCACCCAGGAAAGAGAUCAGCAUGGGAGAGUGAAACAGAAGAAUGAGAAAAUCAUUGUGUAUCCUUUGCAUUGGUGAAGUAAGCUGCCAGAUCACUAAAAAAUUCUGUUCACUCCCUUUCUGCUUCCUGCUGCUGAUCUCUGCACCCAUCUUUCAGUGCAUUAACGGCUUUGUCACACACUUAAAAUAAAGAGACUGAGGGGGACAUUUGCAUGGGUCAGGCAAGUACUGAGAGUCUCCAACUCACCUGCUCCAGAAAGAUAAAAGUGCUUAUUUCCUUACGGGCCCAGACCCCAGAAAAAUACCACUAUGUGUGUCCAAUUUCCUGUUUCCAAAUUACUAAAACAGGCUAUUAAAUAUCUGUUCUGAGGCUGCUAAAAUGGAAUAAUUAUAAGGUUUCUUCUCACAUCAGUGAAAUCAGUAAAUUAAUGGAGAGGGAGAAAAAAAAGAACAACAUACAUGAGUUGUUUCAAAAUUAAAUUGAAUAGGUUUUCAACUCAAAAUGAUACAUUAAUGAGACCUGAACCCUUGUGUGCUACAAUCUGUCUAGACAGCAAGCACAGAGAUAGGAACUGUUCCAACUU